AGCAUCGUGGGGCGAAGCAGAGCCAUUGUGCAUCAGGGAGAGCCCGGUGCGUGCGCUGCCGCCUCGGGUACCUAACCCCGCAGACCGCUCACCCCAUCGGCUGGAAUGCUUGCUGAUUCCCCUGCAACCUUCUAAGGCGGAAACCCUGAGGAUCCCAGCUGGAGAAUGCCGUCUGAACGCUGCCUCAGUAUUCAAGAAAUGCUGACAGGCCAGAGGCUCUGCCACUCGGAAUCUCACAAUGACAGCGUCCUGGCCGCGCUGAAUCAGCAGAGAAGUGACGGCAUCCUCUGCGAUGUCACCCUGAUUGCUGAGGAACAGAAAUUCCACGCUCACAAGGCAGUCCUAGCAGCAUGUAGCGACUAUUUCCGGGCGAUGUUCAGUCUUUGUAUGGUGGAAAGUGGAGCUGACGAGGUGAACUUACAUGGUGUGACCAGCCUUGGUCUAAAGCAGGCGCUGGAGUUUGCCUACACAGGGCAGAUUUUGUUGGAGCCAGGCGUGAUCCAGGAUGUGUUAGCAGCCGGCAGUCACCUACAGCUGUUGGAGCUUCUCAAUUUAUGUUCCCACUAUCUCAUCCAGGAAUUAAAUAGCUUUAAUUACUUGGAUCUGUACAGACUUGCUGACCUCUUUAACCUCACUUUGUUGGAGAAAGCAGUGAUCGAUUUCUUAGUGAAACAUCUCUCAGAACUCCUGAAGAGUCGCCCGGAAGACGUUCUAAUGCUUCCUUAUUGUCUGCUUCAGGAGGUCCUCAAGAGCGACCGCCUGACCUCGCUGAGUGAAGAGCAGAUCUGGCAGCUAGCCGUGAGGUGGUUGGAACACAACUGCCAUUACCAGUACAUGGAUGAACUCCUGCAGUAUAUCCGCUUUGGCCUGAUGGACGUGGAUACUCUCCAUACAGUUGCCCUGUCCCACCCCCUUGUCCAGGCAAGUGAGACCGCAACAGCUCUUGUCAAUGAGGCCCUGGAAUACCACCAGAGCAUCUAUGCACAGCCCGUGUGGCAGACUCGCAGGACCAAACCACGGUUCCAGUCAGACACUCUGUAUAUCAUUGGUGGGAAAAAGCGUGAGGUCUGUAAAGUCAAGGAACUUCGGUACUUCAAUCCUGUUGAUCAGGAGAAUGCUCUCAUAGCUGCCAUUGCCAACUGGAGUGAGCUGGCUCCCAUGCCCGUGGGAAGGAGCCACCAUUGUGUGGCAGUCAUGGGGGAUUUCCUGUUUGUAGCAGGAGGGGAAGUGGAGCACGCCAGUGGCCGGACAUGUGCCGUGAGGACUGCCUGUCGCUAUGACCCCCGCAGUAAUUCCUGGGCAGAGAUAGCACCCAUGAAAAACUGCCGGGAGCAUUUCGUGCUGGGUGCCAUGGAUGAAUACCUCUAUGCAGUAGGGGGCAGAAAUGAACUGCGCCAGGUUCUGCCUACCGUUGAGCGAUAUUGCCCCAAGAAGAACAAAUGGACUUUUGUGCAGUCCUUUGACCGAUCCCUUUCAUGUCACGCUGGCUAUGUGGCGGAUGGUCUUCUUUGGAUAUCAGGUGGAGUAACUAACACGGCACAAUAUCAGAACAGACUAAUGGUAUAUGAACCUAACCAGAAUAAGUGGAUAAGCCGCAGUCCCAUGCUGCAGAGACGGGUCUACCAUUCCAUGGCUGCUGUCCACAGGAAGCUUUAUGUUCUUGGAGGCAAUGACCUGGACUACAAUAACGACCGGAUCCUUGUGCGGCAUAUAGAUUCUUAUAACAUAGACACUGACCAGUGGACGCGUUGUAAUUUCAACCUGUUGACUGGCCAAAAUGAAUCUGGACUUGCUGUCCAUAAUGAGAGAAUAUAUUUAGUUGGUGGAUAUUCGAUUUGGACAAAUGAGCCUCUGGCUUGUAUCCAGGUACUGGACGUAAGUCGAGAAGGCAAAGAAGAAGUGUUCUAUGGGCCUACACUCCCUUUUGCUUCCAAUGGAAUAGCAGCAUGCUUCCUUCCGGCUCCAUAUUUCACAUGCCCCAACCUUCAGACUCUUCAAGUGCCUCAUCACAGGAUUGGCACCAUCUGAAAAGCCAAUGCUCUGUCAAUAAUCAUCACGAACAGGAGGGAAAAAAAGGCCUGAUUUUUGGAUGCUGGGCAUGAAAAGACUCAGUGGCCAAUGCUUCCUUGUUUUGUUUUACAGGUCUUACAUUCAGAUAAACAUGAGCAAAAAAUGAACAGUUUUCUAAAAUACAUUAUUGAAAACUCCUGUCACCCUUCUGUGUGUCAACAUUCAAUACAAUAUGUAUGAUUUUUAUUGUGGUGUAGCUUAGUGCCAACUUAACAGUCCAUAAUUGUUCCAUGAGUCUUUAGAGCAUUCUUUGUACACUUUUUCUAAUCAGUGCUGUCUAGGACAAGAUGACACUGUUAGUAAGGCAAUUUAUUUCACAAGUACUGCCAUCGAUGAUCUUAAACAAAUCUUCAGUACUUAAUCCCUUUACUACUUAAGCCUGGGUUUGUAAUUUUUCUUUUAAAAAUUUAACAUUAUGCAGCCCUGCUCAGUAGAGACCCAGCAUUAUGACAUCAUAAAUUUUUAAAUGCCAUAUUUUAUUCAAGGUAAUGCGAAUAAUAGAAGUACACUGGAACAGCAGUUGGAACACCCAGAUUUUUCACCUUGGUUACUCUGUGACCUUGGGCUGGAAGCUUAACUUUACAGUGCUUCAGUUUUCUCCUUUUUUAAGGAGGAUAAUUACUGAUUUCUAUAUGAAUUCAGAAGAAUGAUGUAAGGAUUAGGCAAAUGCUCUGAAGUACUUUGCCUAAGAAAAAGUGUUACUCAGAUUACAAAGUAUUUUACCAUCUUUAGAACCCUGUGACUGAACAGGGAUAUUAUUAUUAUUAUUAUUUUUUUUUUUUUUAAGAUUUUUAUUUUUUCCUUUUUCU